GCGAGUGCGGAAGUACAAAGUUUGUCCGCUGCGGGGCACCGUAGCGGCUUUAUUCAGGGCGGAGCGGGCUGAGCUGGGCUGGGCGCUGGAGCCCAGUUCAGCUUUGGAGACCCCGAUGGCUGCGGUGUUUUUGGUAACGCUCUACGAGUACUCGCCGCUUUUCUACAUCGCGGUGGUCUUUACCUGCUUCAUCGUGACCACCGGCCUGGUAUUGGGAUGGUUUGGUUGGGAUGUUCCAGUAAUUUUGAGAAAUUCUGAAGAGACCCAGUUCAAAACAAGAGUUUUCAAAAAGCAAAUGAGACAAGUCAAGAAUCCUUUUGGCUUAGAGAUCGCUAAUCCAUCUUCAGCUUCGAUUUCAACUGGCAUAACUUUGACAACAGAUUGCCUUGAAGAUAGCCUCCUCACAUGCUACUGGGGGUGCAGUGUUCAAAAAUUGUACGAGGCUCUGCAGAAGCACGUUUAUUGCUUCCGAAUAAGCACUCCCCAAGCACUGGAAGAUGCUUUGUAUAGCGAAUAUCUCCAUCGAGAACAGUAUUUUAUUAAAAAGGACAGCAAAGAAGAAAUAUAUUGCCAGUUACCAAAAGAUACUAACAUUGAAGACUUUGGGACAGUGCCCAGAUCUCGCUAUCCAUUGGUAGCACUGUUGACCCUAGCUGAUGAGGAUGACCGAGAAAUUUAUGAUAUUAUUUCCAUGGUGUCAGUAAUUCAUAUUCCUGAUAAAACUUAUAAACUGUCCUGUAGAAUAUUAUGUCAAUAUUUACUCCCGACUCAAGGUCAAUUUCAUGAUCUUAAGCAACUUUUCAUGUCUGCAAAUAAUAAUGCCACUCCUCCCAGCAAUUCCUCUCCAGACGGUGAAAGCACAGACCGCAGCUUGUUGGAAAAGGCUGGACUUUCUGAAAGUGACGUAGAGCCUCCGGAGGAGAGUAGCAAGGACUGCGUUGUUUGCCAGAACGGGACCGUGAACUGGGUGCUCCUGCCCUGCAGGCACACGUGCUUGUGCGAUGGCUGUGUGAGGUAUUUCCAGCGGUGCCCCAUGUGCAGGCAGUUCGUUCAGGAGUCGUUUGCACUUCGCAGUCAAAAGGAGCAAGAUAAAGACAAACUGAAAACUCUCUGAGGAUGUUGUUACAACUGAAAAGUACAAUUACCACUCAAGACGCAGAAAUUUGUGUUCUUGGAAUUAAUCAUAACAUGGAAUGUACGGUGUUGACUGUCAAUGACAAUUCUAUUUUAACUUCAUAUUUGUACGGUACCUGGAUGAUGAAACUUAAUCCGUCCUGUUCCAUAUGGUAAAUGCUGGAAUACCAUCUGUGUUAUACAUAAAAAUGCAUUCAGCUCUUGAGAAGAAAGCAAAUGUCUGGCCUUUUAUCAGCUAUGGGAUUUCAUGUAAUAUUAAUUAGAAAAUUUCCAAAAAAGCAAUCCAUCUCAAAUUUGAGUAAGUAAAAGUCUUUUUCUGAAUGUUUUUCCUUUGCCAUAAUUUAGGGUGCAAUUGGGGAAAAAUUGAAUUCUUAAAGCAAUUGUAUGUUCCCCAGUUUACAGAGGAGUUGGAAAGGGCUUCUAACUUUAAUUCCUUUCCUGAAAUAGCAGUUUUUAUAAAUAUCCAUCUGUUUGGUUUCUAAUUUUUCUUAUAGCCACAUAAACACAAGCCGUAAUUUUUAAAUAUAGCUUCUUAAAUUAUAAAUGCAAGAUACAAUUCUUGACUGUUCUCAGUGUGUCCUAGAUUGAAAUGAUGCUCAUUUAUAGGAAGCAGAUAUAUAAAACAAGAAUAAUAACAUUUCUCGGAUAAUUAAAUUUACUGCCAAAUAGGAUUAGAUUAGCAGGCUGUGGCCUACCGGAGAAGAUCUGUGAGACUCUCAGUGCCUUACCUUAGGUUUCCUCCUGUACAGCAAAUCCAUCCAAAACUGGAGGGAUUUAGAGCCAGAAAAACCACUAACAGAAACACAUGACUAUUUUCUUCUAGUGUGUUUUUAUUACAAACUAGGGGCCCAGUGCAUGAAUUCGUGCACUUUGAAAGGAACUGUGGGCCACGAGGCUGCUGUGGGCACAAGGUCAGGUCUCAGCCUAUCCUCCGUGCCCCUGCCCAGCCCCUCCCGCCACAGCUCCCAGUCCCCUGUCUGCCGGCAGCCCUGCUCCCGCCAUGGCCGCUCACACACGCUGAUGGUGCGGAGCGAUUGGGACCAGUGCCAGCAGCGGGUGCGAGCGGUGGCUGCUGCCCCAAUCACCCCUCAGGAGCAGGGAGCGGUGCAGAAGCCCUCAGGGCCAAUCGGGCCGGCAGCCACUGCUCGUACCUGCUGACAGCGCUGAGCUAUCGGGACCAGGACGGCACCGGGUGCUGGCAGCAGGUGCAAGUGGAAGCUCCGGCUGCGGGUAUGAGUGGGGCCGGCGCUGGCCGUGGGUGUGAGAAGGGCCGUUGCUGGCAGCAGGUGCAAGAGGUGGCUGCCGGCCCCAGUUGCCCCUUAGGAGCAGGGGGAGGUGGAGAAUGGUAAAUUACUUUGUUUAUUCUUUGUUAUAUUCUUGGAAGAGUUGAGGAACCUGAUGGGCAAAAAGGCCCAUCCCCCACUCUUUCUAAGAUGACUAAGAAGAAAAAGGUAAAUCAGAGCUUCCUGUGUCUUCAGCAGAAAUUGCAUUCAACUCACCAAGAAAUCAGAUCAUAGCAAAUAAACUGUGACAUUCAGGGAGAAUUUUAAGUCUUUUUCAUCUUGCUUGUAUUAAGAAUAAUGCCUUAUCGUUGUGUUAGCGUUUUUACAUAACAUCAUUUCAUUCUAAUCAAAUAUAGCACUCUCAAAAAGACAUUACCUAAUCUCCAUUCUAUAAACCAAAUCAAACUUUUAUCUGCAUUCAACAGCUAUGUAAUAAAUACCUUCUUGGGGCCAGAUACCUUUGAGGAGUCUGGGCUACAAAGAAUCAGGAAAACUCCUGGCCUUAAAGUCUUUGUGCCUAAAAGGAGCAUUGGUAGCUUCUUAGGAGCACAUCCCACCUCAGAUAUUCCUAAGGCCUGUUCUGACCCUGCCGCCGCCGCUCUGUGGUUAGCGACCAGUAUAACCGUUCAUCGAGAAACUCACUUUCUGGUGUAAAUUGGGGAAUAUUCAGAGAUCACUUCCUCCAUCCCAGCCCUCCUGCUUCCCUUUACAGAUCUGUUUGUACCUAAACUGUCCACCUGUACUCUUACUCCAUUUUUCAAAACUUUUUAUUGUGGUAAAGUAUAGCAUAAAAUUUACCAUUUUAACCUUUCUGAAGUGUACAAUUCAAUAUGAAGUACAUUCAUAUUGGUGUACAACCAUCACCAUUAUCCAUCUUCAGAAUUUUUUCAUCAACCCAAACUUGAAACUCUAUACCCAUCAAAUAAUAACUCCUCACUACCCCUCCCUUUUCCCUGGUAACCACCAGUAUUCUUCUGUAUUUAUGAACUUGACUCUUCUAGGUACCUCAUUUACAUGGAAUCAUACAGUAUUAGUCCUUUUCUCUCUGGCUUAUUUCGCUGAGUAUGAUAUUUUCAAGGUUUAUGCUGUAGUAUGUAUCAGAAUUUCUUUUUAAGGCUGAGUAUUAUUCUAUUGUGUAAAUAUAGCACAUUUUGUUUAUUCACCCAUCAUUUUUCAUAACUUAAAGAUGCCCUUAGCUUCUCUUGCUGCAGUUGAAAGAAUUAUUUUUCCUGCCCUCGGAAAUCUGAGGGAUUUGGUAGGUAGUCAAGUAAAAACAAGCAAACUGACUCUUAGAGGCUUAUGCCAGAAUUUUCCAAUAACAAUGAAUAGUGACUUUGUGCAAGAAUGUCAACAAAAACAUUGCAUUUGAAUGUAUUAUUAGACAAAAUAGUUGGUUUAUAUCGAUUAGUUGUUACUUUCCAAAAAUACAAGUAGGAAUGCCAAAUAAACAGGUGAAUAUAGUAAUCUGAGGUUCAGGGGAGAGGUCUGGCUGAAGUUAUACAUUUGGGAGUCGUCAUUGUGGUAUUUAAAGCCGUAAGUCUGCAUGAGAUCGCCAAGAGAGUGAGCACAGACUGGGGAAGACCAACAUUCGGGGAGACUGGGAGAAACCAGUAGAUUGAGAAGACUGAGAUAGGAAGAAAACCAGAAGAGAGGUCUUUACAAACCAUCUCAAAAUGGAGUGGUAUAAAACAACUACUUUUAUUGUGCUCACAGAAUCUGUGUUCAGAUAUUGGGAUAGGAUGUAGCGGGGUCAGGCCUACCUGGGAUUCAAAUGACAGAUUGACUCAGAGGGCUAAAGGCUUCUUCACUCAUGUAUUUGGUGUGUGGGCUGUGGAGACUCAAAAGCUGGGCUGAGCUAGGACAACACGUGGCCUCUCCAUGUGGCUUGGUCUUUGUCACAGCCUGAUGGUCUCAGGUUAGUCAGUUUCUUACUAGUAAGUGGAGGCUCAGGAUUCCAAGAGCAACAAGUGUUCUAGGGAACAAGGCAACAGCUGCAUAGCCUUUUUUUGUUUUGUUUUUUUCUUUUUACCAGCUUAAUGGAGAUGCAGUUUACAUACCAUACAAUUUCCCAUUCAAAAUGUACCACUCAAUAGUUUCAAUGUACUCAGGGUCUUUCAACCACCACUAUAGUCAACUUCAGAAUGUUUUAAUUACUCUUAAAAAGAAAUUGUGCACAUUAGCAGGUACCCCCAUCCCCCACUAUGUUCCCCAACCCCAGGCAACCACCAGUCUACUUCCUGUCUCUAUAGCUUUGCCUGUUCUGGACAUUUCAUGGAAUGAAAUCACAUGUAGAAUCACAAAUGGGAUCACACAAUGUGGCCUUUUGUAUCUGGCCACAAACAUCACUUAGCACAAUAUUUUUAAGGUUCAUCCAUGUUAUAGCAUGAACCAGUUUUUUUUCUUUUUAUUGCCCCAAAAUAUUCCAUUGUAUAAGAUAUAUCAAUACCACAUUGUGUUUACCAUUGAUGGACAUUUGGGUUUGUCUGCUUUUUGGUUAUUAUGAAUAAGGCUGCUGUGAACAUUGGUUGCAAGCGUUCAGUUUUAGACAUUUCAAGUUUGGGAUGUGAUGUUAAGCCUGCCUUGUUUGUUUUAUUUUUAGUUGAACCUCCAGGCAUUUAAUCUCUUCUGUCUGUUUCAUAGUCAUUCCUACAGAAAUUCUGCAAACAUAUGCCAAGCACAGGACUGAGUCAGUCAGGUUAGGAAGAGGACUAGCUGCCCUACACUUUUUGCACUCUAAACUCUUUGUAUUUGUGCCAGCGAUCAAGCCGUUGUCUCCCAGCUCCAAACCCACCCUUCUAUACUCUGCUUUGCAAUGCUGGGGUAGACUCUGCAAACCACACUUAUGCUUUACCAGCCCAUUCCCUAUGAGGCUUUGCAAAUCAGAGCAAUAGAAGGAGAGAGGAAGAUAGGAGGAAGAAGAGAUCUGCUCCUUCCUGUCUCCUGUGGCUUUUCUGUUCCCGUGAACAUCACCCCAACCUGCCUUCUUUACCUUGGCAGUGGCGGUUGAUUCCAGGAGCAAAGAUUGAAUCCAGAGUGGAACCUGCUUCCUCACCCCCACCCGCCUCAGGACACCAGCAGCACCCCAUCCUCAGAGGUCCGAGCAUUCCAGCUCUGUAGAGCCCCUCCUCCAGACUUCUAAAUUUUUAUGAUUGGAACUUCUUCACUUUGUCUCCCCAGCCCUGUGGAUGGUAGUUGCUUCCUGCAUUGCUGCCUAUGAGAUACCCUCAUGUUCCUCUUUCCACUUUUCAGUAAACAACUCUAUUAAUAUCUCGGAUAAAAUAAUCAUCGUCUUUUCAGUCUCCUGACUACCCUAAAUUGAUCCAAUUGAAUGUUAUCUCCUGUAAUCCUGGGUCACUUUACUAAGGUAGACAGAAAACUGAGACCAAUUUUGGUUAAAUAGCCCAUAUUGUACAGCUACGAGGCGGUAGAGUUGGGAUUUGAAUCCAAUUUUGCUUUGCUUUGUUUUGCCUGAAGCUUGUGUUCUUCUUAAUCACUAGUCACCUUCCUACAGAAAAACACAUAGUUUUUCAACAUUGAACUGUAGGUACAAUUUUAAAAUUCUUUCAUCAUUUGUAUUGCUUCUCUCCAGCCUAUUAUCAGACCCAGCAUUUCCCAACACACAUCCCAGGCAGCAGUAUAUACUCCAAGACCUGCCUGGAGCCUGCCCGUAUCCUGUAUUCACCAGAAAAGGCAUAGUGAACAUUAGCAUAAUAAAGGCUCUGAGGAAUUGUGCAGCUUCUCGUGAUUUUUUGACUAGGAACAUUCCAAGGAUGAGCAAAAUGUGGGAUUAAUCACUAUCUGACCUAAUGUAUCCUGUGCAGCAGUAGUGCCUGCUUAGGAUAAAAAUGUCAGUGCCAGCAGUUGUGGGCACAUACGGAGCUGGCUUUAAACAAUAUUGGGGAAGGCGGUUCUGAUCUUUGUUUAGUUUACUAAAAUAUGACCUUAGACUUGUAAACCUGUGGACACAUUGCAAUUGCACUUUCAGUUGAAAAAGAGAUUUGAAGGUUUGGUGACUUCUAGAACAAAUAAGUUUUACUUUGUUUCUCUCAUGCCAAUCUGGGUCAAGUUAUCUCUCCAAAGGCCUACGGGGUACCACUCUUGUAAUCCUGACCCACAUAAGGCCUGUAACUAGGAGUAGUUUUGCAAUGCUUACAUUUAACCUUCUUUGGAUUUAUUUGAAAUCUUCUCUACGACACCUUGUAAGAUGUUUUACUGUAAAAAACCAUAAUUAAUGCUUAACAUAUUUGUUUCUUUUUAAGAAGUGUGAACUCAUCUGCACUGUGUUUGAAAUUGUGAAUCAUUAGCUUGUGUUCAAAGUAUAUUUAAAUAACUGUAUCAGUUAAUUGGUUUGGAUUAUACUGUUUAGAAAUCAGAUAAAAAUACAGUGUGCCCGACUAGGUGUUCUAAAAACUAGAGUUAACCCUUCUUACCUAACUCCAUUCUGGAGAAAGCUGUCCCAAAAGUUUUCUUCAUGGAAUAUUCAUCCUUCAAAAGGAAGGAAAUUUCAGCACAUGCCACAACAUGGAUGAACCUUGAAAACAUUAUGCUAAUUGAAAGAAGCCAGACAGAAAUAGACAGUAUUAUAUGAUUCAUGUAUGUAAGGUACCGAGAAUUAAGGCAAAUUUCCUGGAGACUGAGAGUAGAAUAGGGGGUAGUAGGGACUGAGGGGAUGGGGAAAUGGGGAGUUAUUGUUAAUGGACACAGAAUUUCAGAUUGGGAUGAUGAAGAAGUUCUGGAUAUGGUUAGUGUUCAUGGUUGCACAAACAAUGUGAAUGCACUUAAUACUACUGAGUCUCAGACUUAAAAAUGGUUAAAGGGUAAAUGUAAUGUUAAUUAUGUAUAUUUUACCCCAAUUAAAAA